AUGGCCAGUACCAGCAAUAGCAGCUCUUCAUCUCUGGUGACUUUUCCAAGGAGAAAUUAUUAUGACGUGUUUGUGAGCUUCAGGGGUAAAGACACACGCUGCAACUUCACUGAUCAUCUUUUUGCUGCCCUCCAGAGAAAAGGUAUUCUUGCAUUCAGGGAUGACACUAAGCUGAAGAAAGGUGAAUCCAUAGCACCUGAGCUCUUUCGAGCAAUCCAAGACUCUCAGAUUUUUGUUGUGAUAUUUUCUAAGAACUACGCUUCUUCAACUUGGUGCUUGCGAGAAUUGGAAUGCAUCCUUCUUCAGUGCAGUCAACCACCGGAAAAACGUGUUUUGCCUGUUUUCUAUGAUGUUGAUCCUUCUGAGGUAAGACAUCAAAAAGGACUUUAUGGUGAUGCCUUUUCUAAACAUGAACAAAGAUUCCAACAAAACUCUCAGAUGGUUCAAAAAUGGAGGUCAGCUCUAGCACAAGUUGCAGAUCUCUCUGGCUGGGAUCUACGUCAUAAGCCACAACAUGCAGAGAUUGAAAAGAUUGUUGAAGAGAUUAUAAGUUUAUCAGGAAUUUGUGGGAUGGGUGGAAUAGGAAAGACAACUCUUGCUACUGCUUUAUACAACAAAAUCUCUCAUCAAUUUGAUAUGUGCUGCCUUAUUGACGAUUUAAGCAAAAGUUUUAGACAAGAUGGUCCAAUUAGUGCACAAAAGCAAAUUCUACUUCAAACUGUAGGCGAUCAACUGCUUCUAACAUGCAAUUCUUACAACACAUCUAACUUGAUACGAAGUAGGCUACAACGUGUAAAGGCUCUUAUAAUUAUUGACAAUGUUGAUAAUGUUGAGCAACUUGAGAAAUUAGAUGUGGAUCGUGAAUGGUUAGGUCAGGGGAGUAGAAUAAUUAUAAUUUCUAGAGAUGAGCAUAUAUUGAUAGAGUAUGGAGUGGAUUUUGUUUACAAAGUUCCACUCUUGAAUGAAAAAAACUCUCUUCAAUUACUAAGUCGAAAAGCUUUUAAACUUGAUCAUAUUGCGAGUGGUUAUGAUAAGUUGGCAUUUGGCAUACUAGAUUAUGCAAAAGGCUUGCCACUGGCAAUUAAAGUACUGGGUUCAUUUUUGUUUGGUCGUAAUAUCUCUGAAUGGGAAAGUGCAUUGGCAAGAUUGAGAGAAAGUCCAAAUAAAGAUAUCAUGGAUGUGUUGCGAUUAAGUUUUGAUGCUUUGGAGAAAACAGAAAAGGAAAUAUUUCUUCAUAUUGCUUGUUUUUUCAACAUUGAAAGUGUGGAAUAUGUUACAAAUGUUCUUAAUUGUUGUGGAUUUCAUGCUGAAAUUGGAUUGAGAGUUCUAGUUGAUAAAUCACUUAUAAGCCUUAUGGGAGAAACUCAUAUUAAAAUGCACGGUUUGUUGAUUGAGAUGGGCACAAAAAUAAUUCAAGAAAAAUCAAGAAAGUGGAGCAGGGUGUGGCUCCAGGAACAUUUCAACAAUGUUAAGUUUGAGAAUAUGGAAAAGAAGGUUGAAGCCAUUUGUAAGAAAAGAGGAAGAGAUUUAAUGAUCAUGGGUGAAACAUUGUCAAAAAUGAGCCAUCUAAGAUUGCUCAUACUGUCGGGAGUUAAUUUCGUAGGAAAUAUCAAUUAUCUUUCUAACGAGUUAAGAUAUAUGGAGUGGGAUAGAUAUCCUUUCAAGUAUCUGCCAUCAAGGUUUCAGCCUAAUCAACUUGUUGAAUUGAUCUUGACGCGCAGCAACAUUAAACAACUAUGGAAAGACAAGAAGUAUUUUCCCCAUUUGAGAUUUUUGAAUAUGAGCCACUCAAAAGAUCUAAGAAAAAUGCCCGAUUUUAGAGAUAUCCCAAAUCUUGAGGAACUAAAUUUUGAAGGAUGUGUGAAACUCCUGCAAAUCGAUCCAUCUAUUGGGGUUCUAAGAAAGCUUGUUGUCUUGAGUUUGAAAGAUUGCACAGAUUUAAUUAGCAUACCAUUCAACAUAUUUAGUCUCGGCUCUCUUGAAUGGGUAAAUCUUUCGGGGUGUCACAAAAUUUGUAAGAAUCAAAGGAUUUUCAAUAGAAGUGGAAACGCAUCACAUUCCCAAUCAACUACCUCCUCCAUCAUGAAAUGGACAGCAUUUCGUUACCAUUCCUUGUUCUCUCGCGCACACAAAGAUUUAGCUAAUUGUUUGUUGCCUUUCUUUGUUAGCUUCUCUAGCUUGGUUCAACUUGAUAUUAGUUUUUGUGGUCUAAGCCAACUCCCUGAUGCAAUUGGAUGUUUACGUUCCCUAGAAGAAUUAAAUUUAGGGGGAAACAAUUUUGUAACGUUGCCUAGCCUGGAGGAGCAUUACAGACUUGCAUUUUUAAAUUUGGAGCAUUGCAAACUCUUAGAAUCUUUGCCUCAACUUCCUUUUCCUACUACUAUCGAUCCGGGCCUUCGAAAGAACAAAUAUAUGGAAAAAAAAGGAUUGGUCAUUUUCAAUUGUCCUAAAUUGAGUGAGAGGGAGCUUGGCAGUACUAUCAGUUUUUCAUGGAUGACACAUUUUAUUCGGGCAAACCAAGUAUUCACUUCAAUCAAUGAUGAGAUUGCUUUUGUAGUUCCAGGAAGUGAAAUACCAAGUUGGUGCAACAAUCAAAGUGAGGGUGAUUCAAUAAGUAUAGAUCUAUCUCCCAUUAUAUCUGGCAAUGACAAUAAUUUCAUUGGUAUUGCUUUUUGUGCAAUAUUUUCUGUUGCACCUCUUCACCCAACUAUGACAACAUAUGCACAAAGACCUGGAAUAGAUAUACAAAUUUUUAAUAGUGUAACUUGUAAAACGUGGUACAGCACCAUUCCAGUGAUUCUUGAAAGAGAUCUCAUUGAGAUUAAAUCAGAUCACAUGUGCCUAAUCUAUUACUCUCUGGAAGCAAUCAUUUAUAUUAUGAAGUCUUUUGACGAAACUCUCAGCUAUCUUGAUCAUUUUAAGCUGCAUGUUGAAAUUAUGGAUAACGAAGAUAUGGAUCUGAAGGUUCAGAAGUGCGGGUAUGAUUGGAUAUAUAAACAAGAUCAUGCAUUGCCGCUGAAACUCCUUAGCUCAGAAGUUCAAGUUUUUGGCAAUUGA